AUGGUGAUCCUUCGCAUCUUAUUCCUGUUUUCCCCUUUCCUCUUAUGCAUAACAGCGUCUCCCGGUUUAUUCAGCGAGGAUACUUCAUCAGAUUCAUCUGCAUCCACAUCGUCUUCAUCCUCUUCAUCUUCGACAUCAGCGUCAUCAUCGGGGGAUGAUAGUUCCCAAAAUGUGAAUGAGGAAGUAGGUUUUUUAUUGACACUUCAAGCGGCGCAAGUAUCUUCAAUGUCAUGUUUGAUCAGUCUCGUAAACAUGACAACAUCACCCAUUGGGGCAUGUCUUGGUCUAACUGAUCUGUCCAAUUUAAUCUCAAAUCCAUCCGGAAAUCAAAGUUUCUCCACUCAACUGGAAACUUAUUUGGAUAACGUAUGUAAACAAAAUUGUGAUGAAGAAGAAUUAAAAUAUGCUAAAAGUCAACUGGAAACUAAUUGUGAUACUUCAAAUGGAUUUAUCAAUGUUUUAAAUAAGAUUUUCGAAAGAUAUACUGCUAGUUAUAAGACUGUCGCAUGUCAAGUUCAUUUCAACGGUACAUCAGAUUUGUGUCUUCCGUCGACACUCAAUACAUCAGACGCAGCGAAUAAUAAUGGAUUUUUCGAUUCUUUGGUGACUGGAUCUAAUCUAGAUCAAUACACAGAUUCUGUAUUUAGGGGCGCUAAAUGUUCGGGAUGUAUGCAUGAAAUGUUCAAAGCCGCCCAAUACACCAUACCCAAUAUCCGAGGAACAGAUCUAGUCAAUGUUUUUGGAGGUCAUUUGAAGCAAGAUUGUCCUAAUGAUCCUUCCAAUCCUGGUAAUAUCGAUUGGAGUUGUGUCGACGAUCAACAAAUACCCCAAUCGUUGCAAAUCAGUCAGAAUACAGCUGUAAAUGGACAAUCAUCCAGCGCUUUUUAUGUCGCCACACCUCAGACUAUACGGCAGGUUGUGACAAUAUUAAUUGUAGUUGGAGGGAUAUUUCAAUUAUUUCAGUAG